UUAGUCAUGUCACACGCUUCAACAUCGUUACCUUCAUGUUUACUUUUAGUUUCGUGUAAUGUUCUAGUUUCUACCAGUGCUGGGUGAUAUGUGCGUUCAAGGGCCAUCCUGUGGGAUAAAGGGACAUCGCAGAUAUACUGAUAACAGCAUCUUGAGUUAGCGAGUACCCUGAAGAAAAAGGUUCGGUAAACUCCGAUUCACCGCGACCGUUUCCUUUGAACAUUCGCCGAAUUUUCCUCACCGGGAAUUGGUCGAACGAAUUCCUUCCAGUCCGUAAAGCCAACUCCUUAGAAAAAUAUAACUACACCGUCCCGCCCACACACACACGACUCUCUAUUAUUGUAAAAUUGCUUCGGCAUACUAUUUAUCGAUAAAAUAAAUACAUAUCCUAUAUUUAAAUCGCAUACACGCUACACACAUGUUUUCCACUAGAAAAACGCGGCUGUUAGUUAAUUUUAAGUUUAUAACAUCCCACCACCACCGGACCAUUAUUUCAUUUGUUCUUUGUCAAAUACGUGACCGCACUUGCGAGACAUGUUCGAAAAAUUCUGUUUUUGCUACAAGCACCGGGCUGCGGCGAUCCUCCUGGCUGUCGCCAGUUUAAUCGUAGGCGUUUUGGGCACAAUUACUUUUAGCUUUCGAGUGCAAUACCAUGCUCAACGGACUGAUGAAGAUUACCUGAUAUUUUCCGUGUUUCACCUGCUUAUUAGUGUUAUUCUCAUAUCUGCUCUUAUUUGGGAGCAGCCAGUGUUAAUAUUUUGCUACCUCAUCGUGCACAUAGCAAUUCUAACAGCUUUUUUUACACACACUGUUAUUUACAUGCCAUUUGGGAAGCUUAUUUGGCUCCACGUUAUUGUUUUAUGUUUUGUAUUAUACUGUAUGUACUGCAUAUAUUUAUAUUACAAUCAAAUCAAACUGAAAAGAAGAACGAAUGAAAAUGAUCGAUACGUAGAUGCUGUAUAUUAUAUAAAUAAUAAUACUAUGUAUUAAAUGCACCCUGUAUUAAAAAAUUGUAUAUUGUAGCUAUUUAUAUGUGAUACUAAUAAAGUUGUUUCUGUUUUUAUUUU